CCAGCCAACCCAGCAGCCGAUUUCCGAGUUGUCGUCGUCUCCACCCCGGUCUCAUCCCUCAUCCCACGCGUAUCAGCUUCCCCCCCCCUGUCUCUCGGCGAGAAUCGUGCACCAUGUCAAAGUUUGUCCGUGCCUCGAAAUACAGACACGCCUACGGCAGCAACACCAAGAAGGACCAGUGCUAUGACAGCUUGAAGAUUUCGCGCAACGCUUGGGACACCAACCUCGUCAAGGCCAACCCGCUCUUCAUCUCCGUCAACCUCGAGGCUGGUGGUGGUGGCGCCUUUGCCGUUAUCCCUCAUGCCACGGUCGGCAAGCUCGACAAUAUCCCGGUCUUCAACGGCCACAGCGCCGCUGUCCUUGACACGGAUUUCAACCCUUUCAACGACCACAUCAUUGCCUCGGCCGCUGAGGAUUGCAAGGUCAUGGUCUGGAAGAUCCCCGAGGGUGGUCUGACGGAGAAUGUCUCCACUCCUCUCAUCACCUUCGGUCAGCACGGACGCAAGGUCGGCCACGUGCUCUUCCAUCCCACCGCCGACAACGUUCUUGCCAGCGCCUCGGCCGACUUCACCAUCAAGCUCUGGGAUAUUUCCAAGGGUGCUGAGAAGAUUGAGCUUACCGGCCACGGCGAGAUCAUCCAGUCCAUUACUUGGAACUAUGAUGGCUCGCUCCUGGCCACGGCCUGCAAGGACAAGAAGAUUCGUGUCUAUGAUGUUCGCACCAACAAGGUGGUUCAGGAAACUAACGGCCACCAAGGUGUCAAGGGCUCUCGUGUCGUUUGGAUGGGCAACUCCGGCAAGCUCACCUCCACCGGCUUCAGUCGCAGCAGCGACCGCCAAGUCUUUGUCUGGGACACCGCCAAUCUUGCGGAGCCCAUCAAGCAGGAGAACAUCGACACUGCCUCUGGUAUGCUGAUGCCCUACUUCGACGGCGACACCAACAUCCUCUUCCUGGCUGGCAAGGGUGACGGCAACAUCCGUUACUACGAGUGGGCCGACGACGAAAAGGGUCUGUACUAUCUCUCCGAGUACAAGUCGGCCGACCCGCAGCGCGGUCUUGGAUUCUUGCCCAAGCGAGCCCUGAAUGUGGCCGAGUGCGAGGUUGCUCGUGCUUACAAGGUUCACACCACCAUGGUCGAGCCCAUUCCGUUCAAGGUUCCUCGCAAGUCGGACCAGUUCCAAGCCGAUCUGUUCCCCGAAACCCCCGGCGCCGAGCCCAGUCUGACUGCGGACGAGUUCUUUGCUGGCAAGACGGCUCCUCCCAAGCUGAUCAGCCUGGAGCACGGAUUCCAGCCCAUCGCCAUCAAGGAGUUUGUUACAUCUGCACCGGCUCCUGCGCCUGAACAGGGCAUCCGAACCCCCCAGAACGAGCGAGAGUACCACGAGGCCUACAACCACCUGCGCCGCGAGAACGAGGAGCUUAAGAACUCGCUUGCCUCCAAGGAGGCUCGCAUCCGACAGCUCGAGGCCCAGCUGUCCGGCCUCAAGGUCUGAGGCGGCAGCCGAGUCGGCGAAGGCGACUCGUCCCGCUUCCGAGAGUGUUGGCGACGUGUUCUUGAUGACCCCAGUUUCCAUCUUCUUCUCAGCCUUGGUCAGUCAUAGCCAAAAACAUAACGCAGGACCCCCUUCUCUUUAGCUUCCACACUUUAGAUCCUGUGUGCUGGCCUGUUUCCUCGUCCUGUCGUGAGAAAGGGAACGGCGAUGUCGUAAUGGAGCUUUGUUCACACGGACCUGGCGGGGGUGGGUGACGUUGAGACCAGACGCGCAAUAUACAUAAAAUACACUCUGGAACU